AUGAAUAAUCCAACAGUAUCAGAACAACUACAGGGUUUCCCUGUAUUUCAAAUGUGUAUAAUAAUGUUAUUAAGAUUAGCUGAACCAAUAGCAUUUUCAAGUUUUUUAAGUUAUAUUUUUUUCAUGAUUAAAAGUUUUAGAAUCACCAAAAAUGAUGCUGAAGUUUCUAAAUAUAGUGGAUAUUUAGCAUCUGCUUUUUCAUUAAGUCAAUUUUUCAGUUCUGUUCCUUGGGGUAAAGCUUCUGAUAAAUGGGGUAGAAAACCUGCUAUAUUAAUUGGCUGUUUGGGUACUGCUUUAUCGAUGGUAUUAUUUGGAUUUAGUUGUAAUUUUUUUAUGGCUUUUGUUUCAAGAAUAUUAAUGGGAUUAUUAAAUGGUAAUGUUCCUAUAAUGAGAACCACAGUGGGAGAAAUUGCAGUUGAAAAAAGACAUCAAGGAAUAGCAUUUUCAAAUUUAAGUUUAAUUUGGGGGUUGGGGAAAUGUAUUGGAGCAUAUCUUGCAGGACAUUUAACUGAUGUUGAUCAUUUCAGGGAAUAUAGAAGGGAGGAGCAAAAUACAAAUUCAUUAUUUGUUAAAUUUCCAUUUGCUUUUACUAAUAUUGUUAUUGCAUUAUUAAUUUUUAAUGUGGUUAUUAUUGGGUGGUUAUUCUUGGAAGAAACUCAUGAUGAUUUAAGAACUAAAAGAGAUAGAGGUUUGGAGGUUGGUGAUAAGAUAAGAAAGUUAUUAGGAUUUGAAGUACCUGAUCGACCAUGGCAAACUAAAAAGGGAGAAAGUGCAGAAACUUUAAUUGAUAAUAAUUCCAUUGAUUCACUUGAAGAUAAUGAUUUUGAAAUGCAACUGUUUUCCUCAAAUGAAUAUAUCCCAAUAAAAGUUGAAACAGAACCAAGUAUAUUUACAUGGCCAAUAAUUCAUAGAAUUGCAUGUAAUUUUUUUAUAUCUUUUACAAAUAUCAUAUAUACUGAAUUUUUCCCCAUUUUUUUAGCUAAAACAAUGAUGCCUAAAUCAUUAAAAUUUCCAUUUCAUAUGAGAGGUGGGUUUGGGUAUAGUACUGAUGCAACUGGGAAAUUACUUUCAACUACUGGAUUAAUUGGAGUUAUUACUGUUAGUAUAUUGUUUCCAAUUAUAAAUAAACAUUUUUCAUUAUUAACAGGAUUCAAAAUUGGGUUGGCAAUUAUACCUUUACUAUUUUUUGCAUUACCAUUGAAUUUAUUUACUAUACCCGAAUAUAAUCAUUUAACAUCAAGUCACGCAUUAACCACAACCUUGUUAUAUAUAAAUGCAGGAUUUUUAUCCUUUUUUGGUUCAAUUAAUAAUUCCCAAAUGGUUCUCCUAAUACAUAGAGCUUCACCCAAAAAACAACGAGCUUUAAUCAAUGGUUAUACAAUAUCAAUAACUGCUUUAUCAAGAUUUAUAGCUCCACUAAUAUGGGGUUGGGUAAUGUCAAAAUUUGAUUUUAGUGGUACUGGAGGUAUUAGUUGGUGGUUAUUAGCUGGAGUAAGUGUAUUUGUAUUUGGACUAUCAUUUAUAUUAAACGAAGAUGAUGAACAUGAUUAA